CGGAUGUCAGAUCAUCAUCUUCUCGUUAACGAAACCGUUCUGAUCAGAGUGUCGAUCGAUGCGAUUGAGAAUUGCCAUUGAAAUGGGCAGAUCUGAGUAGGAGCUAUCCAACCAAAUGGCGGAGAGAUUCUUCUCGACGAAACCAAGCUCCGGCGGCGAGAAUCUCCGACGGGAUAACCUCACUCUCCUCUCCGGCCCGAUUUCCUCAGGAAAAACCUCUCUCCUUUUCCAGUUUGCUCUCAGUGUGGCGUCUGCUUCUGAAAACAAUCGUGUCGUUUUCAUCUGUCACCGGAAAAGAAUCGAAUCAAAUCCUCCGUUUCUCUCUCAGGGAAUUGACCCUUCCUCCGAUGUAUUCAAUCGAAUUCAGAGGAAGUAUGUGGAUGGUGAUGAAGGAAUCAGGAAGUACUUUGCUGCGUUUCAUCUUCACAUUGAUCUUCCAUCCGCAGUUGUAAUCGAUGAUUUCGAUGAUUACUUUACUCAAUUUUUGAGUUCUUGGAUUAGGAACUCCAAGGGGACUCUGAUGAAUUCCCGGGCUAGAGACAUGGCGAUGGUCCGGACUCUUGCUCUAUGCCACAAUGCUAUACUCGAUGCCAACAAGAAAGCAGCUUGCGAGGUUGUCUUAUCCGAGACCAAUCCUGGAGACUCUCCGAGGUCGUUGUUCAUCUACAAACGAUGGAUCCCGACAAUCUCUACAAUUAAAGGUGAUGGUGAUGGAUCGUUUCUCUUGAGAAGUAAUGGUUCAUCAUUUGAGAAAAGCGCCAAGUAUUCGAUCGCACUCUAAUAUCUUAUCUUGGAGGAGAUUGUUGAUGGAGAGUUUAACUGAGAAGAGUACUUCCAUUUUUGACACAGUAUGGUUCUAUUUUUACCCUAAUUUUUUUUUGUUCCCCUGUUUAUUGUAGUUUUUUGCUCAGUAUCGUAUUGAGGUACUUAUUUGUGCAAAAUAUUUCUUGGCUCAGUUUAAAAAAAUAUAAAACCUAAUUAUAUA